CUUUGUAAAUCGUUUUGGCACCAUUCUACUGAGGCACGGUAUAAAUUCUGCCGCUCAGCCCCAGCCCCUUCACUGGCUCAAGAGGGUACUGGUAUAACUGGCUCUCAGCUUCACAAUGGCGUCAGACCCUCAGAUGCCAGCCUCUAAGCAACAGCAAACCAGCUCCAAGAUUGUCGUCUUUGAGCAAGAGAAUUUCCAAGGUCGCUGCCAUGAACUUAACUCAGCUUGUUCCAAUUUGAAGGAGGCUGGAAUGGAGAAAGUUGGCUCCAUCCUAGUACACUCUGGACCCUGGGUUGGCUACGAACAGGCAAACUGCAAAGGGGAGCAGUUUGUGUUUGAAAAGGGCGAGUAUCCCCGCUGGGAUUCCUGGACCAACAGCCGGAAGAGCGACACCAUUGGUGCCCUGAGACCCAUCAAAGUGGACAGCCAGGAACACAAGAUUGUCCUCUAUGAAAACCCCAGCUUCACUGGCAAGAAGAUUGAGAUCAUAGAUGAUGAUGUGCCCAGCUUCCAUGCUCAUGGCUACCAGGAAAAAGUGUCAUCUGUGCGCGUACAAAGUGGCACCUGGGUAGGAUACCAGUACCCCGGCUACAGAGGCUACCAGUACCUGUUUGAAAAGGGGGACUACAAGGACAGCUCAGAGUUUGGUGCCCAGCACCCCCAGAUUCAAUCCGUCAGGCGCAUCCGGGAUAUGCAGUGGCAUCAGCGAGGGGCCUUUCACCCCACCAACUGAAGCCCCUCCCCCCCGAGUGCUCGGAGGAGAUCGAAACCAGAACCAGUUUUAUGUGACCUGCUGCUGUUUCCCAAUGGCCUCGCUCUCCCGCAUGCCACUGCCUGACGAACGCUGCUCUGCUGCUGCUGCUGAAGCAGCUGAAUAAAGCUUUGAGUUUCAAACA